UUUUGGUUUUUGUAGAAAAAUGUCAGCCGACCAAUUGUUAGUACAAUCCAUUGAUGAUUUGACUAGUCAAAUUGAAACAGCUCAUCAAAAAGGAUGUCAUGUUUUUGUUUAUUUCUCUGGUUCAACUGAUAUGACAACAGGGGAUAGUUGGUCAGCCGAUUGUUGUAAAUGUGAAUCCAUUCUAGAAAAUACCAUUGGAAUAACAAAAGAUAAGGAUUUAUUUUUGAUGAUUGAAGUGGGCAAUGAAAAUGAAUGGAAUGAUCCUAAUAAUAAAUUUCGAGUUCAUCCAUUAUAUCAAAUAAAAGAAUUGCCAACUUUAUUAUCAUUAUCAUCAUUAAAUGGACAAGCAACACAUGUAGUUAAUCGCUUAGAAGGGAAAUCAUGUUUGGAUGCAUUAAAUGUGCAAAAAUUAUUUGAAGGCAAUUGAAAUGUUUCAUUGGAUCAACAAUCAGUGAACCUAUCUAUCUCUACCUACCUAUCUAUCUGUCAUUCAUUUGAAUGUCGAUGUUCAUUUAUCAUUCCGUCGUCAAUGUAUGAAUUUAUUUAUUUUCAAAGAAGAAUAUUUAUAUAGAUAUAUAUCAAGAUCUGCUUUCAAUCAAACGCAAUAAUUAUGUAAUACACAAUCUCGCUCUGUGUGUGGUGUGUGGAGCUUCUUUUCUAUUAUUCUAUUUUUAUGUGUUGUUCAGAGUAUCAUUACUUUGUGUUUAUUUUUCAGUGGUCUUUUAUUUUAAUUAAUAUUAUCAGUAUUUAGUAUUUAGUAUUUUGACCCAUUAAAACAUGAUCGUUGUGUUUUAAAUAGUUAUUUAUUUAUUUACCGCCAAAUAGUACGAAUGGAUCAAUGUUCAACAUGAAUUUUAAAUACAAUAAAGAAAGAAGUUGAGAUU